AUGAGCAUUCAUCUCAUCUUCACUGUCGCCGCCGUCUUCGGUAGCUAUCUUGUGAUAAGAGCGUUUCACAAAUUUCAUAGUCUUCGAACUGCUUCUAACGUUGUUCUGGUAAGUUUGUCAACCGCUGACGGUUUACUGGCGAUUCCUUUGAUUUUCGGCAUCGUCCAAAUGAGUCUUAGACUGUUAAACGGCUGUGAUGCUGAGUGUAGCUCCGGUCCUCUUGGAAAAAUAACCUCAACAUCCAGCUUCUUUCUCAUCUCCGUCAUAAUUCUUCACCUCGCGUUGAUAAGCGUAGAACGUUUAAUCGCCGUGAAGUUCGCCUUAAGAUACCACACCAUAGUGACCAAUCCUCGAGCACUGAUCGUUGCCUUGGCGAUGUUGUUUUUUGCUGCGACCGUUACGAUAACUUUUGCAACGACACUUGUAGCAAACAGUAGAGACAUUGAACGGUUUCGCCAAGCGAUGGAUCCACACUGUAAAAACCCUGAAGAUCCUUUGGAUCACGAUCUUACUCCGUUAAUGAAAAGGCUUCUCAUCUUUCUUUUAAUGUUUUUGCUAGUCAUCCCCUUGGUAAUCAUUUUGUGCUCAUAUGGUUACAUCUUUAUCGUCUCCUACAAACAAAGGAAAAAUAUAAGGGGACAAAACAACAUUCCAGGAAUGGCUACCGCCAUCAAGCACGAAAUAAAAGGCGCCAGUACUCUUGCUAUUGUUGUAGCCGUCUGCCUUCUCAGUAUCGUCCCACUGAUAAUCGUGACAGGCCUUCGCUUUUUCGGCGAACUUCCCGAACGUUGCCACCCAAAGAGAAAGUUAAUUAAGUUCAUUGUUUUUGACUUAGCAACAGGCUUAAACACCAUCUGUAAUCCUCUUACCUACGGGUGGAGAAAUGAAAAAUUCAGAACCGCUUUUCGCAAACUGCUGAAGUGCUCUUAA